GAGUCAGGCGCAGGAGGGUGAAUCACAGAAUACAGAGUUUAUUCCGUCGUGCACAAUUGCGCUGGGUAGCGACACACGAAAACAGGCACAGGGGAAACUAUCUACCCUGGCAAUACACGGUACGGGAUACUCCAACAAUAUACAGGCACAGGGGAAAUAUCUACCCCCGCAAUACAAAGGGAGAGUAGUUCCACCGAGCUACACUACUCUCACAAUAAACAAUCACCCACAACGACAAGGGGGGCAGAGGGAACACUUAUACACAGACUAAUGAGGGGAAUAUGAACCAGGUGUGUGUAAUUGACAAGACAAGACAAAUGGAAUGAUGAUAUAUGGAGCGGCAGUGGCUAGUAAGCCGGUGACGACGAACGCCGAAGCCUGUCCGAGCAAGGAGGAGGGGCAGCCUCGGCGGAAGUCGUGACAGUAUUCCCACGCAUAAUAGAGAGACGUGAUCGUAUACAAACGUAAGCAAGGUUUGAAAUACUUAUGUUUUAGUCAAAUAUUAUAUAUUUUUGGGCUUCUUGCGGUCAAUUUGCAGUCUGCAAUUUAUUUUUAAUUAUGUUCCAGCCCCCCGACCAUCCGCUCAAGAAUAAAAUCUAGUUGAUGAUCGCUGCAACAGAGCAUCAGCACUGUUUACACAUAAUUUCUCCAGCAGUAGCCUAAUCACAGAGAAGUAGAGCACUGAGUUUGGGAGAACAUGUGAGUCUUGAAAAUCCCACAAUCCACAUUCUAUGUGUAAAUAUUUUUCAUGCAUACUGGCACUUUACAGUAAUCUCAAGCACCUAAAAUCAACGAGAGACUAACUUUACAGUAACCGUUUUAGAAGCACUGUCGGCUACCAUGACAAUUCAAUUCCUUGGUGAUCAUUUACAUUCAAUAUAAUUUAAUUACAUUAAUUAAAAGUUACAUUAAAUUCAAUGAAAUCCUCUUCCCUCCCCUGUACGUGUGUCUACAGCAACAGGUGUAUGUGAGCAGCGAUGAGGGAGUGGCCCAGUUACCCCUGCAGCGGUGUGAGCUGUACGGUAGAGACUGUGCCGACUGCUGUCUGGCCAGAGACCCUUACUGUGCCUGGGAUGGGAACACAUGCAACCGAUACUUCCCCAGCAACAAGAGGUAACUACUCUACUCAGGUUAAGGGCCCAGCACAGUGAUUUUGAUCUCCACAUCAAAUCAUUUUGGGGUAUCAAUAGUAGUAACCAAUAACAUCAAGCAUCAUUUAAAAAAAUGUUUUACAAUAUAUUUAUUGCCUUUUUUUUUAUUUUUACAAUUUAACAUUUAUCAGCAAAAUAUGACAAUCAUAUAAUGUUUCAAGCGUACAUUUGACUACUUUUAAAUUACUGUCUUACUAUCUCUGUGGACAAUAAAAGACACACAUGUAUGUUGUGACAGAUGAACAAUAAAGUACUAUUCUAUGUUGUUGUGUUUCUGUCUAGAUAUGAUGGUGUUGUAUUGUGUCGUUCUUUGUUUGUGAACCCAGGAAGAUGAACUGUUGCUAUAGUAACAGCUAACGGGUAUCCAACAAAAUAAAGAAACAAACAAACACUCUGCCACAGUCCAAAACUGUCAGAGUUAUGACAUGGUUAUGACAUCCAGGCCGUCUGCAAUUUUAUCUCCUUAGGCGAGCUCGGCGCCAGGAUGUGAAACACGGGGAUCCGAUGAGCCAGUGUCACAAUGCAGAAGAUGGUAAUUUGUGUGUGUGCAUCUGUGUGUGUGGGGCUCCAUAGAGCCAGUGUCACAAGUAGGAGAUGGUACAGAAAUGAAUAAAUACUAAAUGUUUAUGUCUGUCUAUGAUACUAUAUGUCUCUGAUUGCAGCUGGCGCCAGCCAGCCUCGACUCAGUAUGUAACUUAACUCAUAUUAAUGCAGCUGGCGCCAGCCAGCCUCGACUCAGUAUGUAACUUAACUCAUAUUAAUGCAGCUGGCGCCAUCCAGCCUCGACUCAGUAUGUAAUUUAACUCAUAUUAAUGCAGCUGGCGCCAUCCAGCCUCGACUCAGUAUGUAACUAGUGGACCUACAGUGAAUGUAGACUGCUCUAGGUACAAGUUGCCCUCUGAGGCACAGAUCUAGGGUCAAUUUACCCUCCUCAAAUCCGCAAAAUGGAUUUCAGAAUUGGCAACUUCACCCUGCAUCGUCAUCCAGCUCUCUAUCAAUGUAAUCUCGGGACUCUGAACCAAGUCUCGUGUGCCUCCAGUGUGCGCACAUUCUGUCACAAGAGGCUACUAUAAACGAUGUGACAUAACUUUUAACUCCAUCCUGUUUGGUGCCUUCCAGGUUCUGAGUCGGUGGAGCUGAAGGUGGUCUACGGGGUGGAGAGCAGCUCAACCUUCCUAGAGUGUAUGCCCAGAUCCCCACAGGCUACGGUCAAGUGGAGUGCUCAGCCGGCGCAGGCUCGCACUAGCAGAGAGGUGAGGGGUGAGAGGGAUGAGCGGUUUGUCUCCCGAGUGGCGCAGUGGUCUAAGGCACUGCAUCGCAGUGCUAGCUGUGCCACUAGAGAAUCCUGGUUCGAAUCCAGGCUCUGUCGUAGCCGGCCAUGACUGGGAGACCCAUGGGGCGGCGCACAAUUGGCACAGCGUCAUCCAGGGUAGGGGAGGGAAUGGCCGGCAGGGAUGUAGAGCACGGCGUUUGCAACGGCAGGGUUGUGGGUUCGAUUCCCACGGGGGGGCCAGUAUGAAAAAAAAAAAAAAAAGUGUAAUGUAAGUCGCUCUGGAUAAGAGCGUCUGCUAAAUGACUAAAAUGUAAAAAUGUCGUUUAUAAUUGAAUCAUUGACUAAUGUUCAUCUAAUAAUGAACCUUCUCUUGCCUUGCUGUCGUUAUGCAGCUUCUCCUGGGUGAUGAGCGUAUGGUCCAUAUGAAGCGGGGUCUCCUGGUGCAGCGACUGGAGCCCGGGGACGCUGGCCUCUACAGCUGUACCACCCUGGAGCACUCCUUCUCCCAGGUCCUGGCCCGCUACAACCUCCAGGUCAUACCCCAGCAGAGCAUGACAGCAUCCCAGGCCAGGGCAGCUGAUCCUGGGGCCGGAAGAGCAGGGCUGAGGGGAGGUCCUGUGAGCCACACCCAGAGCCACAACCAGCUCUUCGGGAACUAUAAGGACCUGCACAUGAUGGACGCGGCAAGCUUGAGCGCAGACGAGUACUGUGAGCAGCUGUGGUACCGGGAGAAGAAGAAGCUACGCCAGUUGAAGUGGAAACAGACAAUGGUGGACAACCGCAAGGCCAGGGUGCGACGGCACGACUCCACCGGGGACAUCGCACUACAAUAACCUGAUGGGGAUGGACAGAGACGUGGGCUGCGUCCCAGUUCUCCACGUUUCUAACGGAAAAUGUGCACUUGCACACUUUCACGCAUGGAUUUAACAAUGGUGUAAAAACACCCUCCAGCCAAUGCUUACACCGAUCCUAUGCCUUGACAUCCAUGACGGGUAGUGUGCAAGUGCACACUUCUGGAAAAGGGUGGAGAAUCGGAAAAUAGCCUUGUAGAUAAAGGGAAUGUAUAUACACACAGUAGAGCCAAUAUGUGAACAGACACUGAGGGUAC